CAAUUCUCUCGUGCCUACAUCUCUCGCACGGUAUCCACCUCUGUUGCUGUAUUGUGCGGCCGUCGGGUUCCGCCGGAAUCACCUGCCGCCUUCGCCAAGCUUUCACCUCCGCUCUCCUCCGUUUCUCUUUCUACUCAAAGCCGUGCUCCUUCCCCCGGGGCUCUCUCCUAAUCGCUUUCACUUCCUAAUUAGCAGUUCAUUGUAUUCCAUAUUCGUUCAAAUUUAGUUAACUCCGUCGGCAUCGACAACCGAAGUACCGUGUUACUCUUGGAGAAUCAACCCAGACUUGUAUAUCAAGGACAUUCAGAAGUAGUUGAAUAGCUUUGUGAAUUGAAUCAGGAAUAGUUCCUUAAGACGAAGCUGUGCUGUGAGAUAGUCCGGUAGAAAUUAAUCGGUGUGAAAAUCAGCAAAAGUGAGUGCUAUCAUGGAUGCAUAUACGCAAGAAAAAAUACAAAGAUUCGAGGAAUUUGUCGAUCUUCGUUUAAAGCCCGAUCUUGUACAUGCCAUUGCUGAAAGGGACAAGGUCUUCGAUCAACAAAAGACUUUCUCUGAUCUGAAAAGAAAUAUAGAGAAUCUGGAGAAGAAUAGUGUAACAAGUCUGAGGACAUUGGUCAACCUUGGUUCUGAAGUUUAUGCCCAAGCUGAUGUGCCAGAUACAAGACACAUUUUUGUAGAUGUUGGACUCGGAUUUCAUGUGCAGUUCACUUGGUCUGAAGCUUUGAGUUACAUUUCAGUUAGAGAAGAGAAAUUGGCCAGGCAAAUGGAGGAGUACACUCGACUGAUUGCAUCCAUCAAAGCCCAGAUCAAGAUGGUUUGUGAAGGGAUAAGAGAGUUGCUCCAAAUUCCAGCAGAAUGAUGACUGGUGAUCUUUAAUUAGUUUCUUCUUCAAUUGUAAUCCAUGGAACUUAAGGUUCCACCUAAUUGACAAAUAUAUAUAUUUUUGAUAUAACGUUAUUUGAUGUAUGAACUGUAAAUCUAUUUUUAAACAAUAUUAUCUAUCACAUUAUGAAUUUAAUA